UGUAGUCGUUAUCGAUAAUAGUAUACUGUAGAUAAAUUACUCUAGAGGUCACUGCGAUGUGCGUCAGAGGUUACUUGACAUGCUUAGUCUUCAUAUCAAUAAAUUUCAAGAUAAAGAAGUAUGUUACCCACUAUUAUUCAAGACAAGGCUCGGAAACCGGUUCAAUUUCCAAACCAUUAUCAUGUACUUGGUGCAAAACCUUUUAAUUUCGGUUUCGCUCGAAAACCAGUUCUUGUCAAAUUAACCGGUUUAGAGCAAUAAAACCGGUUUCUGAUUAUGUCGGUACCUAUGUUUACGUGGAAACCCACCAGGCCGGCCGGCCGUUACGUCGCCCGUCAAAUAAACCGUUUUUUAGGUUACAAUAAAUUUCUUAAAACGUUCGCGUUCUUAUAAAAGUUCGGAGGAAAACCAAAAUUAGCCGGUUUUUACCGGUAUUUCAUAAACCGGUUUUUGAGCCUUGAUUCAAGAUUAUUUUUUUGACUAGAGUACCUACCGAAAGUACCGAAUAGGUACAUCAAAAAAUACCCAUUGAACCUUAUCAUUAUCACGGUAUUACUGGUCACUUUACUGUGUUGUAUAGACAUGUCAUGUAUAUCUAUGAUACUAUCAAAAAUUAUACUAAAUUAAAUAAAGAUAAUAUUAUCGCUUUAGAGGUAAGAUAUUCACGUUUUUAACGAUAACAUCGUAAAUCCCAUCACCCGUCGUAAAAACAUUACGGUGACAACAAAAAUUGAUAAAUGCAUUGCCAUAUAAUUUAUAUUUUUUUACGACAGCAUAACACCUGGUAACAGAAAUAGAUUACCCAUUUAAGAGGUGUACAGCUUGGAAAUUAGAAGCGAACAGAAGAUUGCGACGGAUAAUAUGGCCAUCUAGUGGGUUCUCACCUUGUAUCUCAUUUACUCUUACAAGUAAAAUUUUCUGGUUAGAUACCUAACUUAACACUAGUUAUUUAAUACUAAAAUUAUAUUGCUAUGGUAACGAUGUUACAAAUGAAAAUAUAUGCAUAUAAAAAUUACACAUGUUUUCGUGAUUUGCUUUCAAUUGAGCCAACUUUAAGUUUUUACGAUUUUGGCUAGUGUUUGCCUAUGCAAAUAUAAUCUAGUUGCCAAGCGUUUUUUUAUGCAAUUUGCCCUCGAUUAAUACAUCUAAUAGUGAACUAUUGAAUAUAAAAACAACAAUGUUACGUUAGCCCAUUCUUCAGAAAAAAGGGAUUAAAAGGUCACAAAUACAAUUGGUAUUUUAUCAGUUGUUAUCUCACAGUACCUAUAUUAUAUUGGCAUAGUUAUAAGUUAACAGUAUUGAUUAAAAUCAACGCGCGAUAGCAGUGCGAGCCGAGCCGACGAAGGCGCGUGAGCUACCUUCAAACUUCAAACACAUAUUUCGUAUCGAACUGUGCGAAAGCAACCUUGAUCUCGUUCUUAUAAAGUUGAAUGAACUGUUGUUAACGUUAUUUACCUACCAUGUGGCCACUUAUCGGUUGUUUACUAUUCAUACCUGCAGUGAUUUCAAAUAAAGUUCAAACAGUGCAAGAUGAAAGAAACUAUCUUUUAAAUAAAGAACUUAAAAUGAUGGUAGGAAGUGACAUUGUUUUAAGUGAUAGUGAACAAGUUGCUAAUGAAACUAUUAUGUCCCUCAAACUACACGAAUUGGAUAACGGAUUUAAUAAUCCUCAGCUGUUUCACUGUUCUAAACACUUUUUUGAAUACAAGGAUGCUGUCAAGAAAACGCCGUUAUACAAAAUCAUACAGAAGAUGCCGAAAGGAGCAGUUUUACAUGUCCACGACACUGGGUUACUGGGGCCCGACUAUGUUUUGAAUUAUACAUACUGGGAUGACUUACACAUUUGUUACGAUGGUGAUACCGUGAAAUUUCUGUUCUCACGUGACACACCCACUUCGCCAUGUGGUAACCAAUGGCAAUUACUGAAAAACAUCAGAUAUUCAUCUGGCAAUGUUGAAAAAUUCGAUGCUAAUCUCAGAAAACACUUCACUAUCGUUAUUGACAAGCCUCUAGAAGUUUAUACUGACAUUAAUAAAGUGUGGUCGAAAUUCCAAAAUUAUUUCAUCAGUACCAGUGGGUUGAUGUACUAUAAACCACUUUGGGAGAGAUACUUCUAUGAUACUUUGAAAGCAUUCAGAGAAGAUAACGUCAUGUAUAUUGAAAUGCGAAGUGUUUUGCCAGAGUUGUACGAUUUAGACGGUAACACUUAUGAUGCCGUCGCGACGGCGGAGAUAUACAAAAAAGUGCUAGACGAGUUUGUGCGUGACUAUCCAGAUUUUUUCGGGGUUAGAUUAAUAUAUGCACCUUUAAAAAUGGGAAACUCAGAUACAGUGAAAAAGUAUAUUCGAACAGCGAAAAUCAUUAAAAAGAAAUUACCUGGUUUCUUCGCUGGUUUUGACCUGGUGGGCCAAGAAGAUACAGCUCCAUCUUUAAUAAAUUAUUUGCCAGAGUUACUUGAUGCUGCUGACGAAUUGGAUUACUUCCUCCAUGCUGGUGAGACUAAUUGGCAAGGUUUAAGCGAUGAGAACAUUUUUGACGCUCUAGUCUUGAAUACGAAACGUAUAGGACACGGUUACGCUAUAGCUAAGCAUCCACUUCUGAAAGAAGAAGUUAAGAAAAGAGGAAUAGCACUGGAAGUCAACGUUGUGUCUAACCAUGUUUUGAAAUUGGUUGAAGAUGUGAGGAAUCAUCCUUUAGCGACGUUCCUCGCUGAGGGUAUGCCUGUAGUGCUGUCCAGCGACGACCCGGGAGUGUGGGAGGCGGACCCUAUGUCUCAUGACUUCUAUUUGACGUUCUUGGGAGUGGCCAGUCGUCGUGCUGACUUGAGGCUUUUGAAGAAGCUCGCUUUAAAUUCUUUGUAUUAUAGUACGUAUCCUGAUAAAGAAAAGAUUGUAUUCGAGUUUGAAAAGCGGUGGACGAAGUUUAUUGGCAACGGCGAAUUUCUUCAAGCCGUUGGUUCUUAAUUCUAGAAUACUCUAGGCAUGGUAAUGAUAUGACUGCGGCUGCUAAGGGUCACUAUAAUUUUAUGGUGUGUAGUCAAAACGAAAGUUGGUAUUAUUUUUGUAUGAUGGUGUUACAAAUAUAAAUAGUUUUUGUAGUAUAAUAAUGAUGUACAGACGAGUUCACUAACAUCUUUACAAGCCAACGUCCUAAAUAUAAAUGUAUAUAUGUACAUACCUCUAAGACACUAUAAGGUCGCGUAAAUAUAUUUAUUGAAUGUUAGCUUGGAACGGAAUGAAAUGAUGUUUAUGUACUCGACCAUACAUUGGAGUCAGAGAAAUAACGGGAAAUAGAUAAUUUUGAAAAUCUUGAGAUUCUUGAGCGUACCUAUACUUACUAUGCUUAAGCUCUUCAUUUGUCUUACUUGGUCUGGCGUGAGUAAAUAAUUCAUUUUAAAAUGUGUUUUAAAUGUAUAACAAGGUUUGAUCAAAGCUGUGUUUAAAUUAUUUACAAUUAAGUAUAGGUAAACUAAUUAUGUGAAUACAAAUGAUUAAAAAAACUAACUAAACAUGUAUUUAUUUACAUACACCCAAGGCCAAAAGUAUGGAAACAACGUUGUUUUCUUUAAUAUCUCAUGUUUCUAUCUUAGUUGUAUAUUUGUAACCUUAAACGUAAAUUAGGCAACCCCAAAAGAUUAAAAAUACACGCAAAAUAUCAAAGCAUUCUAAAAUAUUGUCAAAAAGAAAAGAAAGGAUAAUGUUAAAAAGUUAUACCUUUUUAACUGCCUUACAAAAUGUUGAACAGGCAACUAUCAUACCAUAUUAUUAUUUUAACCAUUUUGAUUUUAAAUUGUCAAUGAGUAGUACAAUCCAUUAAAAAAUCCCAAUUUUUAAUGGUAAUACAAUAUUGUUUCCAUACUUUUGGCCUUGAGUGUAGGUAACUAAUAUUCAUUUCAGCUGUGCAGAGAGAAUUAUAAUUUGAAUAGGUAUAGCGAAAAAAAUUAUACGGGUAUUUGUGUGUAAUAAAAAGUUAUUCAACCGUUCAUUCCAUAAAGGAUUAAUUGGUAAUUAAAGUAAUUAUUACCUAUCGCUAUCAGUGUGCGCACGCGAGGGUAUUAGGUAUAAGUUUAUUAGUGCAUAACUCAUUGAUUAGCACUCCUGCGGCGGCGGCAUGGUCACCAUGCCCGUCACGUUCUAAACUUCUAACAAGUACGUAAGUGCGAAAGGGACGGCUGACACGACAGCCGAUAAAAACGCAACCGUACUACCGCCGCUGGACAAUAUAGUAAUUAGUUACACCAUAUUAUGUGAAUAUGAACGCUGAAAAAAUGUUGUAAUUUAUAAAACUACGACAAUUCAUACAAAUAUACUAAUACACACAUUUUACACUACA